CGAAUCCAGCACUGCCGUCAAAACAUCUUCCUCUGCCAUCUCUGGUCGCCGGAAAAUCCGACAUCGCCGGGAAUUUUCUCUCUCUAGGACAAUAAUUUCCCAGACGGUUCGGCGGGACGGAUGGGAUGUGGAGGAACCACCAACUUGCCCUAAUUAUUAUUUUAAUUGUUAAAUGAAUAAUACAUGAAAUUAUCACUAUACCCUUCAUUAAAUUAGAUUAUUUAGAGCCAUCAUAUAUAAAUGAGGUUGGAUGGCUGAAAUGCACUUAGUCACAUGACUAAAGGACCCCCCUUAGUUAGUUUAUCUUAGCCCGUAAUUUAGGGUAAAAUACCUCGAGUGCCACUUAAAUUUGCGAAUUGGGGUAGACAUACCACUUAAGUUUGAAUAAGGUGUCGGUACCACUCAAAACUCUAUUAUAUGUGGUACCACUUAAGUUGACUGUUAAGUGCAUUCCGUUAAAGUUGACAGAAUAUUCUUGGAAUAUUCCAUUUUCUAAAUUUCAUAAUUGGUCAUUCUACUUUCUUAUUGUAAAAAAAACAUUUGGACUUAUGAAAAAUAUAAAUUUUUAUUGUUUAGUUAGAAUCCUCUUUUAAGUACUCGAUACCAAACCAAUUUUUGAAUAGAAAUUUUAGAAUCAAUUAUCAUUAUAAUUAUUUUUAAUUAUCAUUAUGUGUUCUAAUAAUUAAAUUAUUUCAUGAAUGUUGUAAUUAAACAAUGUUGUAGCUUUAAUAGUCAUAUUUUCUUUUCUAUAUUUUUUUACUGAAUGUUGUAGUUUUUAUAUUUUGUUUAUUCUUGGUUACUUUACAUUUCUUUUCUUUCUAAAUUUUUUAAUUAGUGAAAUAUGUUUAAUUCUUUCUGAUUGUGUUUCAUUUAUCCUUUUUUGAUUUUGAUCUAUUAGGUUCUAUUUUAACUAUUUUAUUUUUGUGAAACUAUUUUAACUAUUUCUAAUGGUGCUUCUAAUUGAAUUAUGGAGUUUAAAAAGAUAUUUUAAAUAUUUAUUAUUAUAUUCUAGCAUAUUUAUUCUUCUUUUUGAUAUUCGUUUACUAUUUUUACUAAUUUAUCUAUUUUAUUGAAAAAAUUUAAUUAGUCAUUCUGGUAAUAAUAUGUAUAGAAAAUUUUAUAAUUAUUAUAUUAGAUAACACUUGUUGAAAUAUAGUUUUGGAUGUUUUAAAAAUUUCGAGUAUCAAAAAAUAAUUAAAAGUUUGGGUUGGAUGGAAAAGUAGACGGAUGCACAUUUUGAAAACUUUAAUGGUACCCGACGCCCUAUUCAAACUUAAGUGAUAUGUCUACUCCAAUUCUCAAAUUUAAGUGAUACAUGAAAUAUUUACCCCGUAAUCUACUAUUUCCUGCAUCCGCCAUUUUCAUCAAAUCCACAUUUACAUUACUUCUAGAGGCAAUACCCAUCAUAUGUUAACCAUGACCAGUUUCUCUAGCCUCAUUAGAUUAUUGGGUGAGGGAACGAGCACGACGGUGGAGCUUGCUGGCUCGACCUGACUGGGAGCCCUUUCUGUCUUCCUCUCUGAUUUGUUUUUUUUCGGCUCUUUUCUUUCUCCCCUCCUCGAUUUUCUUUUUACCUAUUAUGUCGAUGGUCCCUAAUCCUAACUCAAACUCGUUUGCUUCCAUUUUGGCUUGGAAUGCAGGAGGAGCGGGCAGUACUGCUUUCUCCCGCGCUCUGAAAUUGAUCGUCCACCACCAUAAGCCGGACUUUUUGAUUCUGUUGGAGCCGCAGAUUAGCGGGGAGGUGGCGGACCGAAUUUGUGGGAGAAUGGGGUUCCCAAAUGUUUUGCGCGUUGAAGCCGACGGAAGGAAAGGGGGGAUUUGGCUCUGUUGGGACGCUCAAGCUUUCCGGGUGGAGGUGUUGUCGGCGUGCUUUCAGCAUCUCACUGUUAAAAUCUCGUCGGCCUCAACUCAGCCUUGGAUUUUGACGGCCGUGUACGCGAGUCCCAGACAAAAUCUGCAGCUUUUCCUUUGGAGCUCCAUCCUUCGAGCCAGUGGAGAGAUUGAGCUACCCUGGCUUAUUACUGGAGACUUCAACGCCAUCAAGGAUCCGUCGGAGCAAACAGGGCCGGCCACACCUGACAUCUAUCGGCGUUGCAAACGUUUCAGCGACAGGAUUAGUCAAGCCAAACUCAUCGACUUGGGCUUUUCCGGCCCUCGUUUUACUUGGACUAGAGGAGACACGCCCAGCUCUUACAAGGCUAGCCGUAUUGAUCGGAGUCUCUGCAAUGCUGCUUGGAAUGCUGCUUUCCCCGACUCGACUGUCACCCACCUCCCCCGACUCCACUCUGACCAUCACCCAGUCCUCACGUCUCUUGGAAAACAGGGAGUUCACUCAACUUCUCUCUCUCGUCCUUUUAAGUUUGAGGGUGCUUGGAUUACUCAUGAGGCUUAUAAUUCCUUCCUGACUAAUAGUUGGGACUCUCAGGUCCCUCUGCAGGAAGCUCUCCAGGAUAUGGCCAGCAAGCUGACUCAAUGGAAUCAGUCCACCUUCGGAAAUAUCUAUCGUAGGAAGAGAAGAUUAAUGAGCCGUAUUCAAGGAAUCCAAGCUAAAGUGGCUCAUAGCUUCUCGCCAGGUCUCUUCAAACUUCAGGCUAAGCUCGAGGAGGAUCUUGAUAAAGUUCUAGAGCAAGAGGAGAUUCUCUGGUUUCAGCGUUCCAGAGAGAAAUGGGUCCAAUUUGGAGAGCGCAACACAGCCUACUUUCACCAACAAGCCAAUAUUCGCAGACGGAAGAACAAGAUUGAGAGUCUCAAGGACAACAAUGUGGAGUGGAUUUCUGACCCUUAUGAGCUUGCGAGUUUGGUUUUUGACUUCUUCUCUAUUCUGUAUUUGCAGGAUAACCAGGAGUACACGGACGAGAUGCCUAAGCAAGCCUUUCCUAGGAUCGCUCAGGAGGACCUUAUCCUCCUGCUUCGACCCUUUAAUGGGGAAGACAUCCACAGAGCAGUGCAUGACAUGAAACCCUUCCAAGCACCGGGGCCGGAUGGCUUUCAAGCUAUUUUCUACCAACAAUCCUGGCAAACUGUCGGAAAAUCUCUUAUUGAUAUGGCUGUCAACUUUUUCUCCACAGGAAUUAUGCCGGAAAAGGUUGUAGAGUCGACGGUUGUGCUCAUCCCCAAGGUGGAUCACCCGGAGAGAGUCUCCCAGCUCCGGCCGAUUUCCCUGAACAACGUCUGCUUGAAAGCAAUCACGAAGGCCAUCACCAAUCGCCUGAAGCCGAUCAUGAGGAAAAUUGUUUCGCCGAGGCAGAGCAGCUUCAUUCCUGGUAGACAGACUACUGACAACAUUAUUGUUUUGCAGGAAGUUCUUCACUCUCUUAGAAAGAAGAAAGGCAAGAAAGGUGGCAUUGUGCUCAAGAUUGACCUUGAGAAAGCCUAUGAUAGGUUGAGAUGGGAUUUUCUCAGGGAUACCUUGAAGGAAGUGGGUCUGCCCAGUUCGUGGAUCAAUUGCAUCAUGUUCUGUGUUGAGAGUAAUAAAAUGCGGCUGCUUUGGAACGGUGAUCUCUCUGAGCCUAUCAUUCCCACCAGGGGAGUCCGCCAGGGAGACCCUCUUUCUCCCUACCUUUUCGUUUUGUGCAUGGAAAGACUCUCUCACAGGAUCGAUCAAGCUAUUCAGGAUAAGCUCUGGAAGCCUCUGAGGCUUUCUAGGGGGGGGGGGGGGGGGGCUUUGAUUUCUCACCUGUUUUUUGCAGAUGAUCUUGUUCUUUUUGCAGAAGCAGAGGGGAAUCAGAUGCGGAUAAUUAAGCGAUGCUUGGAUGAAUUUUGCCUGAGCUCCGGUCAGAGAGUCAACUAUGAGAAGUCGGCAAUUUUUGUCUCGGCCAACAUCGACAGGCGGAAAGCGAGAGGACUGUCGCAGCGGGCAGGCAUCCCGCUCACGGUGGGCCUCGGGCGUUAUCUUGGGGUCAUGGCUAUCCAUGGCCGGGUUACUAGGUCCAGAUACCAGGAUCUGAUGUUGCGGAUCCAACGGAAGCUUGCUCCCUGGAAGACCAAACACCUUUCGCUCGCAGCUCGGAUCACGGUGGUCAAAUCUAUUUCUGCCUCUAUUCCAAUUUACCCUAUGCAAACAGAAAUGCUCCCGAUGAAUGUUUGCAGGUCCCUUGAUCGGAUUAAUAGGAGCUUCAUCUGGGGGGACACUGAUGAGAAGAAGAAGCUCCACCUAGUUCCCUGGCAUCGGUUGUUGGCUCCAAAGCAGAAUGGAGGGCUGGGCAUUAGAUCGACGAGAGAGGUUAAUCUAGCCAUGCUGGCUAAGGGCGGAUGGCGGGUAAUCAAAGAGAAAGAGACUCUCUGGACUCAGUUGGUUCGAUCGAAAUAUGGGAAAGACCAAACUCAUCUCAACCUUUUGAGACCUGUUCAGGGAAGUUCCUUUACCUGGUCUAGCCUCUCUAAGGCUAGGAAUCUGCUUAGGAAGGGUUGCGCCUGGAACAUACAUAGAGGUAAUCGUACUAACUUCUGGUCUGAUGUAUGGUUAACGCAGGUACCCCUACAGGAACUUGCAACGAGCCAGAUACCGGAAGAGGAGCGAGAGCUUCAUGUCGAGGAGUUCGUGGACGAGGACGGGAACUGGAAGACGGAGAAGUUUGACCACAUUCUCCCGUCGGACAUCGUGAGGCAGAUCACGGCGCGGGUGGUGGACCCUCUCUCAACGGAAGAAGACACUCUGUUGUGGCAGCCUACGUCAAACGGAAGAUUCUCUACCAAGAGUGCCUACCAGUUGCUUCAAAACACUAUCGAUGAUAAUAACCAGCAGCUUUGGAAGAGGAUUUGGAGUCUUGCUGUGCCAGAGCGUGUGCGAUGCUUCAUGUGGUUAGUGGCGCAAGGGAGAAUAAGCUCGAAUGAAGAAAGAGUUAGGAGGCACCUUGUUCACGACUCCUCCUGCUACAGAUGCCCCACUCUUAUGGAGACGCCGCUGCACCUGUUUAGAGACUGCCCCCCGGCAGCUUAUGUCUGGACCCGCACCUUCCAUCCGGAUAAGCUUCAAAGCUUCUUCAGUCGCAACUGGAACAGCUGGGUGGAGACCAAUAUCAAAUGCGAAGAGCCCUCCCCUUCAGGACUACCUUGGAAUGUGUUUUUUAGCAUUGCCAUUUGGAGCAUGUGGAAGAACCGGAAUGAGGGUUCUUUUCAUGGAGUAAACAAAACCCUGUCUGCACCUUCUCUCUUGCAGGCUAUAAAGAUUCGGGCCGAGCUGUGGUGGAAGGCUUGGAAUGCGCCGAGCCCACUGAUGGGGCGAAGGAAUUCCACCCGGAGUCGCAUUGAAGCACAGGUCGGAUGGAAGCCACCUCCAGUUGGCUGGUCUAAGCUUAAUGUGGACGGGGCGGCGAGUACUAAUUCAGGAGUCGCUGGUGCAGGUGGUGUGUUGCGAGACGCCGACAACAACUGGGUAAGUGGUUUUGUGGCUGGGGUGGGCUCUUGUUCAGCCAUUUGUUCAGAACUGUGGGCCAUUUUUCAUGGUCUCAAGUUGGCCUGGAGACACGAGUGCAGGACCCUCAUCGUUGAAACCGAUUCUCAGCUUGCGAUUCAACUUGUGAAAGAUAGGUCAGACCCUUUACACCCCUAUGCAGCGCUCUUAAUGGCCAUCAGACGUCUUUUAGCUCAGGAUUGGAUUGUGAAUCUAGUCCAUGUAUACCGGGAAGGGAAUAGAGUCGCGGACUGGCUCUCGAAGCACAGUCUCGUCUAUCCCUACGGUACACAUGAACUAGAGACACCUCCUAAUGAGUUGCUUCAGCUGCUUCAGGAUGAUGCUUUGGGCGUCACUACUGCUAGAUUUAUCAUUCCUCCCACCGACUCUCCCCCUGUAACCCCUCCCUUCCCUCUCUUUCUUUGGCGUAAUGCCUCCCUGUACGCAAAAAAAAAAUUAGAUUAUUGGGUGUAUAGAGGUGGCAAUUCUCAAUCCAAUCCAUCAAUCCAUUAAAAAUAUCCACCUAAUCAAAUCCAUUUAAUCCAAAUUCAAUUGGAUUGGUGGAUUCAUGGAUUCAAAUGGGAAAUUACGAUCUGGUACCUAUACUUUUUAUAUUUUACAUUUUGGUACCUAAAAUUUAAUUUUUAUACGAAAAAUCUCAUUGGAAAAUUAUGUUUUGGUACCUAAAUUUUUUUAUUACAACAUUUUAGUACCUAAACUUUUCACAUUUUACAUAUUGGUCCAAUGUUGAGGAUGUCAUUUGGAUUCAUGGAUAAUCCACCAAUCCACUUGAUCCAAUCCAUGAAUCCACCAAUCCACUUGAUCCAAUCCAUGAAUCCACCAAUCCAUUUAAUCCAUGAAUCCACCAAUCCACGAAUUCAUAGAUCGAUCCAUUUGCCACCUCUAGGUGUAUGUGUACUUUUUUUUUUUUUAAUUAUUCCUUUUCUGGAAAAAAUAAGAAAUGAAACCUUUUUUUUUGGGUUGAAAAUGAAAGCUUCUUUUUAGC